AUGCAAAGCGACGGUGACCUCUCCAAGGUGGAUCCAGUUGGUGCAAAAAGAGGGAGAGGCAGACCAGGGUCCAGGAACACCACCAAAGAAAAGAAAAAAUCCCCAGAUACGGGCGAGGGGAGGGAGAGGGAGAUAACAGUCUGGACGAAGAAAGAUGACAAAGAAGGAGGAUCUGAGGAAAGGCCUGAUGGGGAAGGAGGAGAAACGCAAAUACAGAGCGACACUCCUCCAAGGAACGGAAAAAUCACGAGUGGAAAACAACUGGCCAGAACCCCGACGAAGGCAAAAGAUGAGGAGACACAGGGGAAUUCAGAAAGAGAGGUGAAUGGAGAAGAGAGAAAGCAGACAGAAAGAGCAACUAGUGAGAGGAUUGGAGACAUACAGGUGCUGACACAGGGCGAGAGGGCAAGAGGACGAAGAGAGGAAGCAGGCGAGGGCAAAACAGAACAGACGAGACACUGGGAAGAGCUGGAAUGGCGCAUGGAGAAAAAAUGGGAAAAAUGGACCAAAAAACAGAAGGAACUCGAGGAGGAGAAAUGGGAAAAGGUAUUCGUAUCCCUGGAAGAAAUGAUUAGAAGAGAGUUUGACAGGGAACGUGGACACACAGAACGACCGCACAGGGAAUGCCCAAACUGUGACCCGUUGAGACGAAAACUGGAGGAGGCACAAGAAAGAUCACAAGAGGUGAGGAGUAUUUUAGAGCAGGAGCAGGAACCCGAAAAAGAAAAGAGAGGCUCAGAGAGACACGCAAGGGAGGGGGACAAAUUAAAUAGCUCUCCAGAGUCAGAGCCCAGGGAGGAGCUAACCUCAACUCCCCCCAGGUGGUGCCCAAGUGAAUCGGGAAACCGGAGGAAACCGCCAGGGGCCGCGGAAGUGAAAGAGAUACUACAAACAGGCCACGGGGGAAAGGACAGCAGAGGGGCAAAGCACAGCACCCAGCAUAACGAAGAGCAAGGUGAGCAAGAGGAGCAGGCAAAAGAGGCCCAGGAAGAUUUUCCAAGGAAACUGGAACCCGAUGAGUGGGACGAAGAGAGAAAGGAGAGGAGGGAAAGGCGCAAAUGGAUCAAAAUAAGAGGGCUAGUACUAAGAACGAAGCAGAAAAAAGAGGCCAUGGAGAGCUGGUUCCUGGAAAACCUGCAAGAAAAGGUGAGAGUAGAUAAGGUAGAGAGAAUGGAAGGGAUAGAGGGAAAGAACGGAUGGAGGGUAAAACUGGAGGAAAUGGACAGCAAAAUAAGGAUACUGAAAAAGAAAAGGGAACUGAAACAUCUCCACUCGCCGGUCUGGAUUCUCGACGACAUAACGGAGAAACAAAAGCUCAUCCAGUCCUGGAUCGAGAAACAAGCCUUCAAAUGGGAAAAAGCCGGAAAAUUCACCAGGACAUGA